AUGGGAACGCGGUGGAGGCCGCUGUUCUGCGCAUUGGUCUUGUUGGUGUGCACGCUGGCAGUUCAAGCCGCAGACAAGGCUCAUUCAACAGGCACAGACGCUGAAGGAAACAGCCUAGAUGAUGGGAGCGCACUUGCGACCUCCCAGCGCGUCCUGCUGCAGGCCCCAACUACGACUCAGACGCCCCCUUCCAAUCCAAACCAGUACUUUCUGCCCAGCGCAACACCGGACCCUCGCUUGCCGGUAGCAGGCAACAGCGCCUUUGUCGACGCGCUUGAGACCCAGACGCGGCGGGACUCGGUGGAUGUUCUGCUGCGAGCGGCGCUUUCUCCCGCGGCCGACCCCCUUCUGGCGGCUUUCGCGGGCACCCCGGCCACCGCAAACCUGCUCACGGCCUUCAUUGGCCAGGGAACGCCUUUGCUGGGCCUUCUGGACAAUGUGGGAGCGCCGGUGAUAGACAACAUCUUUGGCCUGAUUGUGGACACCCCAGCCAACCUGGCACUCGUGGAGGCAAUCGCCACUUCCCCUGCCUUCCUGGCCAUCAACAGCGCUCAAGCUGGUGCCUCUCAGAUCUUGGGGCCAUUUGAACGGGCGCUCCUGAGGUACCAGACAUAUCUGGGGCUGACGGCAGGGGGCGUACCUGCGGCGGAGGCCGCAGUCCAGGCCGACAACGCAGUGAACAGCAACCAGGGCCUAAGCGAGGGUCUUAUCCCCCCCGCCACCCCUGUAAUCACCCUUCCACCAAUCUUAAACCCCCUGCCCACCCCCUCAUCCACCCCUGCCGCCACGCCGGUGCUGACUGUACCGGCCGCCGUCAACACUCCAGUUAUAUCAACGACCCCUGUGCCAACCCUACCAAACCCCUUGCCUAUGCUCCCGCCCCUUACCCCGGCCACAACCCCGGCGCCAACCCCUGCCGCGACGACAUCAUCCACUCCUGCGGCGACCCCGACCGGUGGUGACUCGUCUGGUGACUCAGCGGUGACGUCACCCUCGCCUGAUCAGGCAGCAGAGCCGGCCAAUGACAGCCCGGCUGCUCCAGUGGCAGCGGACAACCAGACCCCUGACAUCCCCACGGCUUACCCGGCUUCGCGCCGCAGCGGCCGAAAGAUCAGCCAGGCCAGCGGUCUGUUCCCCUCUGCCACACCGGACCCUGAACUGCCGAACGCCGGCAACAGCCCCUAUGCAGGCACGCCCCUUCUAAGAAAGACACUCUCGGCGGUGGAGGCAUCCAUUACAAAGGAUGCAGUUGACAACAUGUACCGAGAUGCCUUCUCGCCACUUCUGGACCCCAUUAUCUCCUACCUCUACCGCACUCCAGCCAUCGCCGAUGCACUUAAGCCCAUCAUCGGUGUCAACAGCCCCCUGUCAGCAACUCUCAACCAGCAGGGUGUGCCCGUGGUGCAAGCCACCUCGGACUUCCUGACCGGCAACCCAGUCACCUCAUUUGUCAUCGAUUACCUCGCCGCUGACCCGGGCGUGCAGGCUGUCAUUGCUGCCAUGAAGAGCGCUGCUGAAACUGCAGGCUCUGCUGAGCUUGCAUUCCUGAGGACCCAGACAAAUCUGGGCGCGCUGGCAGAAGGCAAGAGUGUCAGCGAGGCAGCGCAGAUCGCUGACUCAGCGGUGACCAAUGUUCAAGGCCUGUCUGCAGGCGCUACCUCCGGCAGGCGCCACCUGCUGCAGCUUAGUGCAUUCCUGCCGUCAGACGAAAAUGAUGGCGAGCUGCCCACAAAAGACAACAGCCCCUUUUCACAAGGGUUGAGGCAAUCUGUGCCCCGGCUGGCGGGGGGCGCGGCGGCUGAGUCAGCAAUUGAGAGGGAUCCAGUGGACAUCAUGAUCCGCGAUGCGCUGUCACCGGUGGUCGAUCCGUUCAUAGCGUACCUCUACCGGACGCCCGCCACCGCCCAGAUACUCAAACCCCUCAUCGGCAUAAACACCCCCCUGGGACAGUUCCUCGACACUGUGGGGACGCCCAUCGUUGAGGCAAUCUCCUCCUUUCUGCUGGGCAACCCGCUCACAGCGGCCGGCAUUCAGAUGAUUGCUGAUGAUCCCAAUGUGAUUGAGCUCCUCGGCGCAAUCAAACGCGUGACACGAGUCAUCGCGCCUGUGGAAAUUGUCGCGCUGAGGGGAUUGACAUAUCUGGGAGCAGUUGCGAAUGGCAAGAGCACCGACGAGGCCACGUACAUUGCCAACUCUGCAAUUGCCACCCUGGAAGGCUUGUCUGGCAGGCGUCACCUCCUUCAGGCGAACCCUGUGUCGGCCAUGCUGCCCAGUCAGACGCCCAACCCAAACCUGCCAACCCCUCAGAACAAUGCCGCCCUGGCGGGCCUGGAGAGGAUAGUGCAGCAGGAUCCGUUUGACCAGGCGCUGGCGGCCGCACUGUCUCCGGUGCUUGAUCCGAUGCUGACAUACAUCAGCCGCACCCCCGCCCUCAGCAACGCUUUAGUCACCCUUGCCGGCCGGGACACGCCCCUUGUGCAGACACUAACCAGUGCAGCGACGCCGAUCAUUCAGGGAUUUGAAGACCGCGUGCUGAGUCAGCAGGGCGCCAUCGCCGCCCUUCAGGCAAUAACCGACUCUCCCUUUGUCAGCGACUUCCUCGGCAACGCUGGCAACAUGACCGCCACCCUGGCACCCCUCCUGCGCACCGUAACGAUGCAGUCCCUGACUCUUUCCUUUGUGCUGCAGAGGGUGGGCACAUAUCUUGGCGCGCUGGCGGGGGGCUCCGAUGCGAACCAGGCGCUGCAGGCCGCUGACAGUGUCUUUGGUGACGUCACCCGUGACAUCACCGGCACCGGCCGCCGCCACCUCCUGCAGGUUCCCAGCCUACAGAGCCAGGUUGCUGAGCUGUCGCAGGUGGCGCAGUUCCUGCCCAGCCAGACCCCCAACCCAAAGCUGCCCACCCCAGAAAACAACGCAGCGCUCGCGGGCCUGCAGAGCAUUGUCAUGAACGACCCGCUCGAUCAGCGCCUAGCAGCUGUACUGGCCCCCGCUCUGGAGCCGGUCCUGACAUACAUCAGCCGCACCCCCGCCUUCAGCGGUGCAAUCAGCAACGUCUUCAAUAAUGACUCACCCCUGGUGAAGCAGCUGAGUGCGGCGGCGCUGCCCCUGAUAGCGGCAUUCAAUGCGACGGUGAUCAACAACCCGGCGGUGUCAGGCGCACUCGACAGAGCGGCCAGUUCGCCAAUCGUGGACGGCCUCGUUGAGCGGCUGCAGAACCUGACUUCCCAGGGAGCACCUGUCGUGCAGACCUUCCUGAGGAUCGGUACGUACCUGGGAAACAUCGCGAAUGGGCUGCCGGCACAGCAAGCGCUGAACUUUGCUGCCAACCUCCCCGGGGGCACCAGUGGCAACAGCGGCCGCCGACUACAACAGGCCACUGGAGGGCAGAAUAUCGAGGGGCUGGUAGCGCAGCUCAUCUCAGGCAUGACGGGCGCCCCCCAGUCGGCGCCGCAGGGGGGUUUGCCGCCUCUGCCGGGCUUUCCGGUGGCCACCGCCGAGUCCCCCACCUCGGGGGAACCCCUCUUGGUGACGGUGGGACUGGCGCCACUGCCGAGCAUCACGGUGGCCACCGCAGGGGGGCCCGCUCUGGCGGAGGGGCCCCUCCCUCUGGCCGGAGGGCUCCUGCUGCCACCGCUCGCUGCACCGGGGGGUCUCCUGCCGGCUGGCGCUGACCUGGCGCCCACCUCGGCAGCACCCUCAAGCUCCCUCCCUCAGCCUGCCUUCCCUCUAGCGGCUACGCCAGGGCCGGCUGUGGGCAACUUGCCACAGGCAGGGGUCUUGCAGCAGCUGAUUGCAGAUGCUUCCAAUGGAGCGGCUGCUGCGCUGACGGCUGGGCCAAACCAGGCUUCGGCGAACAGAGCGGUUCAGGCGGUGCUGAAUCAGCUGCCGGGCCUGCCGCCUCUGCCGGUAGCGGGAGUCGCCACCGGUCCCGGCGGCGUACUGAACGGCGCAGUGACAGCCGCACUGACGGCCGCACAACAGGCGGCGCGGCUGCCGGCGCUGCCGCCUCUGCCGGUCACGGGAGCAUCCUCCAAUCUUGGCAGCAUACCAAACAAUGCAGUGACAGCCGCACAGCAGGCGGAGCAGCUUCCAGUGCUUCCUGCCCAGGUGCCUUUGCCAUCGAUGCAGGCUCUGGCUCCGGUGUCCGCCAUCGGCUUUCCGGCCUCCGCCCCCGGCCUGGCCCUUGCUCUUCCACAGGUGCAGCAGGGCUUGGCCAACAUUGGGCAGGCCUUCAACCUCCCAACCACUUUGGAGUUUGUCCAGACGGCGGUGAGGCAAGCUGCCCAAGACACACAGGUUGCGCUGGGCAGCACUGGGCAGGCCCUUGCGCAGGGAGACUUCAGCCGAGCUCUGAACAUCACACAACAGGCGUUCCAAGAGAUGCAGGCGCUCGUGAAUGAGACAGCGGUGCAGAACAACGUACUGUCCCAGGACCUCAGUGGUCUGCUUAACAUCAUUCUGACAGAUGCGUCCAACCUGGCACAAAGCAUUCCCGACCCCUUGGCGCAGCUUGAGAAGCAGCUGAGCUUUGGGAUCUCCACACCGCUCACGAAGUUUGUGGACAAGCUGCAGAACGCCUCGGUACCCGCCACGCUGUCAGACGCUGAAGCCGAGGUGGAGGACAUUCUGUCGGCCUUCUGCACAGCUUCCUCUUUUACACCCUCUUCUGACGAGCCUGCAGCCUGUGUGGGAGAAAUCUUAGCGUUGGAGCUCGUGCCAUGGACUUGUGCAGUUGAUGACAGCAAGGACACACUGACAGACAAGUCUGGCAGCAUCCUCACAUGCAUGCCUGCCUACCUCCAACUCACCAGAAUACCCGCCAGCUGCAAUUGGAAAUACACCGCUGCAGCGGAGUGGGACGGGAAGGAGUGCAAGCUGGAGACCACACUCUUCGGCCCAGAUGGCAGCGCCACAUAUGGCGGCACACCCAUUUUGAAAGACGUGAAGGAGCUCGUAUCCAACGUGGUGAGCAACGUGACAGCAGCGGUCACAAAGGACCUGAAGCAGUGGCAGGGGAACGCCCUGGUACCUCCGACCAUGCAGGACCUGGCAAGCAGCUUCCAGGCAGGCAUCCAGCUGGCAUCAGGGCCUUCUGUGUCAUCAACCCUUUCUGGCACCGGCUCUAUCGUGGCGGAUUUGUCAACCAUUGGUUCUCUUGCAACUGGUGUUGCCGGCUUCUGGCAGCAGUUGGGGUCUCUCUGGGGCUGA